GGACGUUGGUGUAUUUGUGUGGAAAUGGCUCCCUCUUGUGACCAUGAACAGAGUCACAGCUCCACUGAGUCAACACACCUGCACACACCUGCACACACCUGUGUGACUCCAACCAGCUCAGGAGUUACAGUCAGCCUGAUCAAGCAGAACCAACAGAGUGUGUCAGAGGUCAGGUUGUGUUUCAGCAGCAGGAUGGGCUCCAACAGCUCGAGCAUGAACAACAUCCCGGACGCCGAGCAGCUCGUGCAGGAAACCGGCUUCUCUGCCGCUCACAUCCUUCGUCUCUACGAGAGGUUUCAGUUUCUGGACAAAGACGACACCGGACAGCUCAGGCCUGAAGAUUUCGGAGCAGUUCGGGAGUUGGCCAUGAACCCGAUCGGAGACCGAAUCAUCAGCGCCUUCUUCUCUCCAGGACAGGAAACUUUGGACUUUGCCUCCUUUGUUCGGGUUCUGGCUCAUUUCCGACCUGCAGACUCAAACCGAACCAGAGACGGAGCCCAGCCGGAGCCGGCCAACAGCAGCAUGAGGAAACUCAAAUUUGCUUUCCAGUUGUACGAUCAAGACAGAGAUGGAAAGAUUUCCAGAGCAGAGCUUCUUCAGGUGUUACGGGCGAUGCUGGGGAUGCAGGUGACGGAGGAGCAGCUGCAGAGCAUCGCUGAGCGAGCCAUCCAGGAGGCCGACUUCGACCAAGAUGACGCCAUUUCCUUUGACGAGUUCAGAAAGUCCCUGGAGAAAGUGAACAUCGAUCACAAAAUGAGUAUUCGCUUCCUGAGCUAAAGACAAAGACGGAGGAACAACAAAGUGUGAAAAUCUGUAGGGAUUUGGUUUGGGUGGAUGUGCCUAAUGAGUAUAAUGUGCUACAGGAAUAAGUUAUUUAGAUUUGUGAAUGUAAUCAAUGAGGCAGGGCAAAACUAUCACAACUUUCCCUGCAGAGCAGGUCUAGAUCAUCUUCUUUAAUGCCCACCAUGAGCGAGCACUUGGCGACGGUGGCAGGGGAAAAAAAACUACCUUUAAGGGGCAGAAACCUCGAGCUGAGCCGACUUCUAGUGGACGGACAUCUGCUGGUUGAGUUUAGAGAGGGAGAUCACAUGAGUUCUUCUUCUCCCUUUUAAAAGAAACUAAUAAACAGAGAAGAGAGGCAAAG